GGCGCGUGCAAGCACGUGUCUUGCGCAGCUCAGCCUGGGAGAGCUCGUGACUUGAAGAGAAGACGCUCGUUUUGGUCAGACGCAGGUCCCGCCAUGGCUCCGUUGCUUCUGGACUCUGCGAGCGCCGUGACCCUCCCCGUGUGGCCGCUCGUCCUGAUUGUGGCCGCUGCCUCCUUGUCGUUGGUGCUGCUGAUCGCGCUGUGUGCCCGCUGCAAUCGGGCAGAGGAUUGUAAAGAAAAUGGCGUGAACGUGGUACUCACCAACGCGGUCCACGGUGAAAGAGUCCAGCAAGGGCACCUGCUUGGCGCAGACGAGGAGACCAACGGAGAAGUGACGAAUGGCACCGGCGCAGCACAGGAGCAGGAGGACCCGAGCCCGGGCAGCGCCACGGAACGGCAGGACGACGAGAGUGCGGAUCCGGUCGCUGGCGACGACAAUCCGGACAAGGCGGCGGACGAACCCCCGUCGCCCAAGGCCACCUUGUGUUGCCCGAGACGACAGCGGCGGUGGGGCCGGAAGGGAGAGGGCCGCGACGCCGCGACGGUGGCGCGGAGAGACUCGGGGGCGGACGAAAAUCUCUACGAGGACGUGGAAGACUCCGUCAGGGGAUUGGUUCAGGAGGAGGGGACCCAGCCGACCCCGGCGCCGCAACUCCCCGAGUCGCGGGGUCAGGUGGCCCCGCAGGCCGAGCCCUGCUACGCGGAGGUCCGGAAGAAGACCAAGGAGGGCGGCGCCGUGAAAUCGACCCCGAGGGAAAACAAAAAGAUGGUGGCGUUCAAGGACGGCGAGUGCCACGGGGAUGGUGAAGAGCUGGCGCCUCCGCCGCCGGAGAAGACCUGGGCGCAGGGGGAGAAGAAUCAGCAGCGGGCACAGGAGGGGGGGAACGCCCCUGCCAGCGCCAGCAAUCCGACUGCAAGCGGCAGCGGUGGACAGGCGCCGCCGAGGGAAGCCGAGGUCCUGUACGCCACGUUGGAGGAGGUGGGAGCUGGAGGAGAGGUGGCGGUGGCGAACGCGAGCGAUCGGGCGCCGCCACCCCAGAGGCCACCGUCUGUGCAGCGGCCCAUGUCCCUGCCGCGGAACAACGAGACGACGCACAUCACGUACGCCGAGGUGAGGCUGCAGCCGGCGAAGAGCGAGGAUCCGCAGCGGAGGAGCAGCUCGGAGGUUCACUACGCCACCAUCAUCGGCACCGUCAGCGGUGACAGCGAGUGCUUGUACUCCACCGUGCAGCAGGCCAUGCCUGCCUCGAGGAAAUAAGUGGCAUAGCCCCCCGCCCCCGCCCCCCCACGCCUGACUGCCGAUUGUUAUUUUUUUUAUAUAUAUAAAUUUUCGUUAAAAAACCACGUGCCGAUUAUGACCCCAACACUUCAUAAUCAAACACGGUCUUAACCCUUUCACGUUCCGAAAGACGGUCUGCAAGCUGCAGGGUGGGUGUCCCGUUCACCGCCGAAUCUCGGAACACGCGAGCGGUUUGCGUGAAUUUUAUUUAGAGAGGCUUUGCGCCGUUGUUCUUAAAGUCUCGUCGCAGAGAACCGUAGCGACACGACCCGCGCUCUACGAUAGCUGGCGACAAACUGUGCCCCCACGCAUGGCCUUGUGGGAGCCGUGGUACGUCUUCCGUGCCGAAGACGUACCGCCUAAAGGUAUUUUGUUUUCGAACGGCAAAGGGGUUAACUCGCCAGGCAAUGCAAUCGACCUGCCCACCCCGUUUCGCACAAGGCAUAAUUUCUUACGAUAUAUUUAGAAAACAAAUCGAUAAUCCAGCAUGCUGACACAAGCACGUGCAACCCUGUCACAAUAGACGAUCGAUUGAACUCUGAGUCCAUAGGGCGAUAAGCACGGACAAUUACGUACGUCCGAAAUCAUCACCACGAUGCAGCAAAGCGCGUUGAUGAAUUCAGGUGCGCCUCCUAGGUCAGGUCGUGAUACGAGCAGACAAGGUGGGCCGUCGUGCAGCGGCUAUGCUUCGCGUGCGCACAAUCAACGAUAAGCACUUCGUCUUUUCACAUCGGGCUCGGAGUCAAGCCGACUAAACUUUCAGGGGUUCCUUGUUGUUGUUGUUGUCGUUUUCUAUUCCAUGACGACUUUAUUUAUGAGACUACGGCAUGGGCGAUGAGAAACAAAACUGCAUGGCCGCAAUGAGUUUGGCACACGGGAGGCAUUCGACAUAACACGUCUGUGUAUUUGUACGAUGUAUAUUUGUACGAUGUAUAUUUGUACGAUGUAUAUUUGUACGAUGUAUGUUUCGUCCAGACAUCUCCCCAUAGACCGCUCCACCAGUUUCCAGGAACGAGAAGUACAAUUUUAAGUUGAUAUCAUAUGCAGUUUAAUGUGAACAAUGUCAAUAAUUGUGAACGAUUCGACCCCUUUACCGAGUCAAUUGGAUGAUAAUUGGCCCUGGAGCUGCUAAUUCAGUCUAUCAUUUCCGAUGAUCUCGGUGCAAAACUGGAGCUGCAUCUCAAUAUCAUACAAUGGAUAGGCAUGCACGCAGUUUCAUGUCCUCCCCCCCACCACAUCUCCAAUUUGUACGGCGCGAAAGAGGUUCUACAUAUGUACACGCACCCUGCCGAGCAAUGUGUGCCAGAGCCGGUGAAUCUUAUCGGACUUUCCGCUCGACUGAUAUAUCCAGAUCUGGGUCAGUUUGGGGCCAAAAUAGAGUGCAAAACUGCACGCGUAAGGCAUUGUGAUUCGAAUCUCAUUAUUCACGGCAUGCGUGUAACGGUUUUUCAAGUCAUCAAGUAAAUUCUAGUCAUAUUCUCACGGUACAAGCAUCGAUUCAUACCAUCCCACAGUCGGCGAAUGAUUUCUGCGUUAUACGUGAAUGAUACGCUCGCAUUGUUCCACGUAAACGCCACAGCGACAAACAGAAAACUGGAGGAACAAGACGGCGACGAUCGGAGAACGAUACAAAAGUGAAGACGCAACACACAACUGUUGUGUCAAGUCGAGAGCCGGAAUCGUGACAAUCCAUAGAAUUGCUGUGGUUGGUGACUCUCUGCGUGCCCACUGCCAAUGUUUGGAUAUCGCUCAUCAAUGGAUGUUAGCCGUGGCUGAUAAUGGAGCUCGGUUCACAGAGUUCAGAGGGAACUCUGCCAACAACUGCACCACUGCAAAGACAAAGAUCCCCCGUAUAGCCUGUAGUAGACUGUCUGUGCAAGUGCCGUUAGCGAGCAGCACCUAUGAAGGCCGGCACGGCACACGUGGAGGUGCGGGGGUCAGCUCUACUCCCGGCCGCCUUUGUCUCCCCAAGUGGCGAUGUUUACACAUCACAAAACCAGGUACUCGCUUUUGAGGCCGAGUCGACCUUAGGGGAGGCCAGGGACCGAUUCAGAUGAUCGCUACUGCUGUUGGCCGGGAGCGGGAAUCAAACUCGGUUGGCCGGGUUCGUUAGUGCACCCCAACCAAUUGCUCCGCCACGCAUACAAGAUGCAUGAUGAGUACAUGGUACUGAGGAUACAAACCUCUAUCGUUUUUUUUUUACCGCUCAGUGUUUCUGGAUGUCAGACGUUUCGCUGACACGUCGUUCACGAACCGAGUCGGAACAGCUCACGUUGAAGUUGGAGCAAUCCAGGACGCGCAGCGAAACGUCGAAAGUCCGGCGGAAAGCGUAAAAAGAACACGCGCGCUGUACAACUCGCACACCGAUAUCGGGAGAGCUUUUAAAAUGCAUGCGUUUGAACAAAGGCACGUCACGUGUUUUCGGGUAGAGAGGAGAGAGUGGAAGGAGAGAACGCAGCGAUUCCUGAAGAGAUAACACCCGCAAUUAUGACGGCACCCUCCGGAUCAAAUGUCUUUGCUGGUUGGCUUCUUCAUAGAGUGGAAGAGUUUGGGGGUCCAAACCACCCCCCACUCUGCCCCGCUAAGUAAUCAGACCAGGUGUGUAGAGCCGUCACACGGGCAUUCCCGUUUUGGAUAGCGUACCGUCUGGAUGGUGCGGUAUAUGUACUACGUUCUCCAGAUUCGAGACCUCCGGAAAGUGAAAGUGAAGCUCUAGAACAGACGAACGUAGCUUCGUUUGCAAGAGUGAUUUUGGGGUGGGGUGGUGACGAUGGGUAUAUGUGUAAUCCCAAUCGAGUAAUUUUCGAAUUUGGAAAAAUUUGGACCGUGUAAGACAGGGGUCGGCAACCAAAAUAACAAGAAGAGCCAUUUCUUUCCAAUUCGGUACAAAAUUCAGUAUUUCAAGAGCCGCAAUGCAUCUGAGUACAUACUGUACAUACGUACAUAUCGUCAAGAAGCAGCCCGUAAAGAGCCGCAUGCGGCUCCGGAGCCGUAGGUUGCCGACCCCUGGUGUAAGACGAACCCCAAAACGAUCUCCCGGUGUCAAUACGCCUACAGUUAUACAAAUAUGGACACACACUCUGAAUCGGAUUAUAAGACGCACCACCCCAUGAUCAUUUCAUAUGCAGAGGGAUUAAGUGCAUCUUGUAAUGUACGGUGAGAAGAAUCUUAGAACACGGUGGUGAUGUGAAGCAUGGGGUGACAUCAUUACCCGUCAACGCUCGCUCAUGUUGAACGUUUGUGCCAUGACGUCUUUUAUUUUAAAUUUCAGUGUGUACGCUUUGGUGUCAUCUGUUACGCUUGCUAUAUUUUUUAUAUCUUUUUAAUUUCAAUAAGUUUAUUGUAAUGUUUAUUUGUCGAUGUUCUAGGUACGUCAUCAAUUUAUUAUGACAUGGUUUAUAGAGUAUAUGCAGUUGUGUUGUGCCAGAAUGUAUUUUCAGUUAGAAUAUUUUAAAUAUAAAGUUUUAAUU